AUGAGUCGACCAGGUUAUAACAACGAAGGCUAUGGCUACGGCCAAUAUGACCCCUAUUCAGCGCGUCAAGAUCAUUACAACCAAGGUGGCUAUGAGAGCCAAUCCAACUAUGAGAUGAGCCCUAUGCCCACCAAUCCUUCCUACGGCCAAUCCAGCGCUCCGGAUCCGAAUGCGAUCUUGAAUCAAUGCCGAGACAUUGACAAUGGCAUCAAUGACGUUGAAAGCUAUAUUGCCCAAAUUGAUACUUUGCAUAAGCGCCUGCUCAGUGACGUCGACCCGGUACGGGAAAACGCGAUUCGCGCGGAGGCGGAUGAGUUGGCUACACAGACAAAGAGUCUUUAUCGCAACCUUAUUGAGCGCAUGAAGACCAUCAAGCGCAUGCCCGAUGCCGGAAGCCCACGCAAUGCACCGCAAAUUGGGAAGGUGGAACGAAGAUUGAAGGCGGCUGUCGAACAGUAUCAACAGGUUCAACAGUCGUUCAGGAAGGAAUCCGAGACCCAGAUGGCUAGACAGUACAGGAUAGUGAGACCCGAUGCCACUGAACAGGAGGUUCAGGAGGCCGUUCGAGAUACCUCAAACCAGCAGAUUUUCAGCCAAGCUUUGAUCCAAAGCGACAGGCGGGGCGAUGCGCAGAAGGUAUCGCAGAUGGUCCGGGCGAGACACGAGGAGAUCCAAAAGAUCGAAAGAGACUUUGUUGAAUUAGCGCAAAUGUUCCAGGAUCUCGAUGCUCUAGUCGUCCAGCAAGAGGCUGCUGUUACUCAGAUUGACGAAGCGGGUGAACAAGUUUUUGCGAAUGUUACCAAAGGCAAUGAACAAAUUGGUGAAGCCAUCAAGAAGGCCCGUUCUCGCAACCGCAAAAAGUGGUGGUGCCUCCUCAUCUCUCUUCUCAUCAUCAUUAUCAUCGUGGUUGUGGUUGUGGUUGCCGUCCUCGUUACUAAAAAAUAG